AUGGUAAAGACACGAAAAUUUGUGGAGGGAGAUAGUACCUUAGCAACAAAAGCUGUUUGGGAUGACGAGCUGACAUUGAUAUUUUGUGAACUUUGCGUGAAUGAAGUCAAUACUGGUAUUGGAUGGUGUCCAUCUAAAAGGACGGUCGAUGCCACCGAAGAAUGGUGGGCUAAAAAAAUACAGGAAAAUCCUGAUUUUAAAGGAUUUAAGAAGAAAGGAAUUGAACCACGAUUGAAUGAUUUAAUGUGGCAAAUGUUUGGUGGCAUUGUAGCCACUGGAGAGAAUGCAUGGGCACCUUCGUCUGGUGUUUUUCCAAGUGGGGUUCCUAUGAGAGAUGAUACACCUAAUGAGGGAUUUGGUGAUUCAAGUGAAAAUAGCAAUGAGAAUGAAGAUAUCCCUCCUAAUAAGGUACCAUCAAACCCUUCUCAUGAAACUCCUAAUCGAAGAAAGGAAACACUUGGGGUUGUACACGGUAAAGGAAAAAAAUCAAGUUCAAGUAGAAAAUCAUCAAGAAAUUCAUUAGCUGCUCGUAUUGAGAAAUUGUGUGAGAGUAUGGCUAGUCCAAGGAAGUUAGUGAAUGAAAUUAUUUUUCCUCACUCUGAAUAUUCUAUUUCAAAUGCAAUGGAUGCUUUGCGUGAUUUGGAAGAUGAAAUUCCAAAAAAAGAUGAACUAUACUAUUUUGCCAUCAAAAUGUUCCAAAUACCGGUGAAACGAGAAGUGUUUUUGAACUUAGAUCUAGAUGUUAGAGUUUGGUGGCUUCGACGUGAGUAUGCUGAACAAAAUCCGAUUGCAUCAUUUUCAUCCUUAGUAGCAACAUCCUCAUUCCCCUUCCAACCAUACCAUCCACCACCUCCACCAUAA